CCGGCGCCGGGUGUUCCAGCGCUGCCAGGCCGGGGCCAAAGCGAGAGGGUUUGGGCCGAGGGUCCCCAGGGUCGCGGGGAGCCUGCUGCUGGCGUAGCGAGGCCACCAGCAGAGGUUGAAUUAUUGCAGUCAUUUAAUAGCUAUUUUUAUAAAAGAGAAAAAAAAUACAUGAUGUCUGAUGAAGUUUUUAGCACAACUUUAGCAUAUACAAAGAGUCCAAGAGUUACCAAAAGAACUACUUUCCAGGAUGAGCUAAUAAGAGCAAUUACAGCUCGCUCAGCCAGACAAAGGAGUUCUGAAUACUCAGAUGACUUUGACAGUGAUGAGAUUGUUUCCUUAGGUGAUUUUUCUGAUAAGUCAGUAGAUGGAAAUUCAUUCAAGAAAAAAGUGAAUGAUUUUCACAUAUCAGAUGAUGAAGAAAAGAGUUCUCCAAGACUGUCUUUUUUGAAAAUCAAGAAAUCAAACAGCGACAUAACCAAAGAUGAACCAGUUUGCACUAUCAAAAAUGAUAAGGAAAUGGCACCUGAUGGUUGUGAAGGCGUAGUUGUAAAUUCCUUAUCUGAAUCUCAAAAUAAAGACCAGGAAAUUGAAAAAGAGAAAAUUAAAUUGAAACCUAAACCCAGAAUUCUUCCAGUCAAAAUCUCAUCUUCAGAAAACAGCAGCAGCUUUGAAACAGAUGACCAUUUUAAACCGUUACCUCGUCCAAGGAGCAUGUUAAAAAAGAAUAGCCAUGUGGAAGAGAAAGAUAGACUAGAGGAAGAUAAAGAAACUACCCUCAGUGAAGAAGUAGAAUUACAUUCUGCACCUUCUCCCCUUCCAAGGCUGAAUGACCGACAAUUAGAAGCUGAGGAAAAAGCAUUCUCUGGAAACGUUGCUCCUGAGGUUCCAUGCUUAACCAGUCUAUCAUCAUCAUCACUUAAAGAAAGCCUUGAAGAUUCCUUUUUACCAGUAUCUGAGGGAAAAGCAUCCAUAAAAGAUCAGAAUGAAGAAUUCACUGAAAACCAUGAAGAUUCCCUGAAAUCAGAUGAAAAAGAAGAGAAUUCAUCCUCGAUAGACUUGGUCACUACUGCACUUGAGAAAUCUAAGGCAAGUCAAGUGACUGAUAAUGACCUUGAAGAAGAAAAGGAGAAAGCUGAACUGAGUGUGAAUGAUGACUUAAGAGUUGAUCCUCUAUUAUCUAAAUCUCAGGGUAUCUUAAUAUCCACCGAUGCAACAGAAUCUGCAAAGAAAACAAUUGAAGAGAGAAAUAUGAAGAAUAACAAGUCAACAAAUAAUAGAGCAUCCAGUGCAUCUGGCAGAUUAAUGACCUCUGAGUUUUUAAAGAAAUAUAGUUCUAAAAGGAGAACUUCGUCAACAACUACCUCUUCUCACUAUUUAGGGACUUUGAAAGUCUUGGACCAAAAGCCUUCACAGAAACAGAGUAUAGACCCUAAAAAGGCAGAUAACAUAAGGGCAGUUGUUUAUCAGGAAUGGUUAGAAAAGAAAAAUGAAUAUUUACAUGAAUUGCACAGAAUAAAAAGGAUUGAAAGUGAAAACUUAAGGAUCCAAAAUGAACAGAAAAGAGCUGCUAAGAAAGAAGAAGCAUUAGCAUCGUUUGAGGCCUGGAAAGCUAUGAAAGAAAAGGAAGCAAAGAAAAUAGCUGCAAAAAAGAGGCUUGAGGAAAAAAACAAGAAGAAAACUGAAGAAGAAAAUGCUGUGCGAAAAGGAGAAGCACUCCAAGCUUUUGAAAAAUGGAAAGAGAAAAAGAUGGAAUAUCUUAAAGAGAAAAAUAAAAAGGAGAAAGAAUAUGAAAGAGCAAAGAAACAGAAAGAGGAGGAAACUGUUGCUGAGAAAAAGAAAGAUAAUUUAACUGCUGUUGAAAAAUGGAAUGAAAGAAAGGAAGCUUUUUUCAAGCAAAAGGAAAAAGAGAGAAUAAAUGAGAAAAGAAAGGAAGAACUGAAAAAAGCUGAGAAAAAAGAUAAAGAUAAACAAGCUAUUAAUGAGUAUGAAAAAUGGCUGGAAAAUAAAGAAAGGCUGGAAAGAAUUGAACGAAAACAAAAGAAACGACAUUCCUUUCUUGAAAAUGAGGAACUUCCUCCAUGGAGCCCUCCAAGCAGAACUGUGUUCUCAAAAGUGUUUUAAUAAUUCUAGUUCUUAUAUUAUUUAGCUAUUUAUCAAUUUGCCAACUUUUAGCCAUGGAUUUAAAAUUAUUUGUUGAAUUAUUUUUAGUUAGAAGAAUCUAUUUUAAUUAAAAUGCCAGAUACUUCUGCUGACAAUGAAAAAGAUACUCUGGAGUUUAAUCAGUGAAAGCAUUUUUGAACUGUAGAUAAACUGUAGAUAAACUGCCUCAAAUGAAAAGGUAAUAAUCAUAUUGUUCUUACCAUUAAAAUACAUACAGCUUUAUCAUGUCUUGGUAAUUCUCACAGUGGAAUGAUUCAUGAUCUCUUCACUAAGCUCUGCAUGUUACUUAAGUAUGUUUAAUCCCAAUAAUAAAAAAGAAACCAUCUAGGUACUAUAA